UAUUGUAUAAUCAAUUAUAAUGUACAAUUUGUUGUUUAGCUUAAGAUCAUGUUUCAUUUUGUUAUGUAAUAUAUAUUAUUUUUUAAUAAUCAAAUUAAUAUCUACUACCCUUCAGUUUUUAAGUUAAUUGUACUUUUUUUAAUUUUUAUUAAUAUUACUUAACAAAAUGUUUAGAAAAUUUACCUCUUCUAUUUUAUCGGUAAGGCAUAAUUUUGAAUUACCAUUAAUUUUAUUUUUAGGUACUGUGGUAUGUCUUAGAAUAUAGUGCGUACUUAUUUAGCCAUAUACAUAUUUAUAAUUUUUAAUCUAUUGUUAAAAAAAUGUUCACAUAUUUUGUGUUAUAACUUAUAAACAAUCACUUAAUAAAAUUGUAUUAUUUGUUGCAAUACAAUUUAUGACAUAUAAUGAGUUCAUAGCAUGUGCAGUCCUACUUAAAGAUUCUUUUUUCUGUAUUUUAAACAUUAUUUGGUUUUGAUAAAGAAUAAUUAAAAUAAACCUUGGAACUUCUACUUUACAUGCUAGUUCUCACCAAUUAUAUCAUUGUAUUUUAAACUUAUAGCCAACCAUAAUUUUGGUCUAAGUUUAUUUGAGUUACCUACUCACCUAAACCAAGACAAUUCUGUUCUACUUAUCCUCUUUCCUUACCAUAACUAAAAAAAAAAUCAGCCCUUUAAAUACCACAUUUGUUCACCAUUUUAAGGAAGAAUGUUUCCUGUUCUGUAAUCUAUUUAUAUAUGUAUACAUAAAUAAUAAAUUAUAUUUGAUGAUAUUAUUUAUCUUAGUAUGAAUUUCAGUUUUAAAAACUACAGCAAUUUCACAUAAGUAGCAAAGAAAAUGUAUUGAAAUAAAAGUUUUCAAUUCUUUCAUAUUUUUAAUUUCAAUGUUACCUUUAUCAUUAGUUCUUAAAAUUAAGCUCACAGUUUAAAAAUAAAAAUGUGUAAUUUCCCUUUUUUAUCUGAAUUUAUGUUUCAGAUUCGUUUACCACAAACUCAUAUCCAGAACAUUCCUAAGUAUAAUUCUAAUGCAAUCACUAAUUCAGUUGCCCGAUCAUUUUGUAAGUACUUAUGAGUUACACAAUAGCAUGUAAAAUAUAAAUGAGUCAAUAUUGCUAUACUCCCCUUUUGUGCUGCACUACUAGUAAUAUCUUAAAACUUAUAUAUAUUUCCAUUACUUAAAUAUGGUAAGCGAUGAAAACAAAAAACAAUACGGAAAAAAAGAACAAAAAUUUUGAAAUUUUAAGUAGAUAUGUUAAUUAUGAAAAUUAAAAAAUUUUUAUUUAACAUAAUUUUUAAAAAUAUUGAAAUAUAAAAAAUACAUUUUAUAUUGUAUAUUAUGGCUUAUUUUUAAUUUUUACCACCAUUAUAAUUAAUAUAGUCCAAUUUUGUUUUGUCUGUUAACCAUAACAAAAUAAAUAUAUAUUACAAUUGUGGUCUACAAAUUUAAUGUAACAAUAUAUUUUAGGUAAUAUAAUAAUAUUUUAUUGUUUCUUAGCUUUAUCUGCAGUUAAAAAUGUUAAGGUUCAAGAACAAGCACCAACAUUUGAGGGUAAAGCUAUUGUUGAUGGGCAAAUAAAAAAUAUCAGUUUAGCAGAUUUUGCCGGAAAGUACUUGGUUUUAUUUUUUUAUCCAUUAGAUUUGUAAGUUUGUUUAUUAUAUAAUUAAUUUAAUAAUGUACUAAUGAAAAACUAAUAGUUAUUCAAAUUUGAUUGCAGUACAUUUGUUUGUCCUACUGAACUGGUAUCAUUUAGUGAUCACAUUAAUGCAUUUAAAGAGAUUGAUGUAAAUGUAAUUGGCUGUUCAUGUGAUUCACAUUUUUCACAUUUAGCAUUUAUCAACACACCUCGAAAGGUUCAUAUUUUUUGCAUUUAUAAAUAAUUAAGAAGACACUAUACCCACAUGUGCUGUCUCAGCCCAACUAACAGACGAUACAGCAAAAUCUGCCUUACACAGUCUGCUUAAAACUCUCUUAAUUUUGGUUUUAGAGUAAAAGAACCUGUAAUAAAAUUAAAAGAAGAUAAAAUUUCGGAGGCAAAAUUAUGCAUUUUCCUAUUAUUCUAAUUAUUACUCCAGUUAUAAUGUUCAAUACAUCAUUUAAGAAUAAAACCUAAUUCAUCUCUUUUUUUUUUUUCUGUAACAAUACAAAUAAAAUUUAAAAAAAGAAAUUCAUCAUCUUGCCCUCUAGAAUAUUGUCCUCUUUUGAUUUUAUAAUAGGCGCUUUUACUCUAAAACCAAAAUUAAGCAAGUUUUAGGCAGACUGUGUAAGGAAGAUUUUGCUAUAUCAUCCAUUAGUUUGAGUGAGAGAGCGCGUGCAGGUAUUAUUUCUUCUUAAUAGAAAUAUCAACUUUAUUAAUAUUUCACUUAUUUGUUUAUUUAUAUUAAUUUUAAAUGCAUUUAUAUAGCAUGGUGGUUUGGGUGGAUUAGCAUAUCCACUAUUGUCUGAUUAUGAUAAAAAAAUAGCCAAAGCUUAUGAUGUUCUUAUUGAACCUGAUGGUAUACCACUCCGCGGACUUUUUAUUAUAGAUCCAAAAGUAAAUGAUAUAACUUUUCUUUGUAUGGGAAUUUUAAUGUUUUAAUCAUUUGUUUUUAGGGAAUAGUAAGACAGAUUACCAUAAAUGAUCUACCAGUAGGACGCUCUGUGGAUGAAGUGCUACGACUUGUUCAAGCUUUCCAGUUUGUUGAUAAAAAUGGAGAAGGUAAAAAUAAAAUUGUAUAAAAUCACGAUUGAAUUAAAUACAAUUUGCUAAUGCAAUAUUAAUUUAUAUUUUAGUUUGUCCAAUGAACUGGAAGCCAAAUAGUCCAACCAUUAGGCCUGAUCCAAAUUUAGCCAAAGAAUAUUUUAACAAAGUUAACAAGUAAAUUAUACAGUGGAAUCAUGAGUCUACGAGGAAAUAUUUUAAAAUAAAUACAAUUGUUAGAUUUAUAAUCUUAUAUACAAAAAAAAAAAUGUAAACAUUUUUAGAUAUUUAGUUUACUUAUGUUUUAACACGAAAAAUUAAAUAGAUUGUUUAAUUUAGUUUAAUAAGUGCCUAAAGUAACAAUGAUAAAAUUAAAAAAUAAAGAG